CGGGUCCUCCACGCUACAGGACUGCUUGGGAACCAGAGCCAGCUUGGGCAGCACGAUGAGUGGGAGCAGGAGGACGCCGCGAGGAUCGCGGAGUCAGCAGCGGCAGCCGACUUGAUCGUUGGGUGGGUAACCUCGUGACCGCAGCGUUACUGCGCCGGGGCUCAGAAGCUUCGUUUUCUCCUAAGAUCCAGUACAGCCUCUUUCUCUCCCGGACGAGAAACCACUGCUAUGGAAACCGGAGCGCUGGCCGGGUGGGGAUUUUGGCCCGGGGAUCCUGACCGAGCUUUCUCUCCCGGCGACCUUCGCCUGGGGCUUCGCCGCGCAGCUGCUACUUCAGCGAACUCCUCUGUCCGCUGCGAGAGAAAGCUUUCCAUGGACACAGCCUAGAGAAGAGACUGCCGACCCACUGCCUUGAUGACAUCACUCACGCGUGCCUUCCCAGCCCCGUGCCGGCAGCCAUCAGUCAGUGGCCUCUCCCAGAUCACCAGAAGCCUGUACAUCAGCGGUGGGGCAGCUGCCAACAACAAGCUCCUGUUGUCCAGCAACCAUAUCACCGCAGUCAUCAACGUCUCCGUGGAGGUAGCGAACACCUUCUAUGAGAACAUCCAGUACAUGCAGGUGCCUGUGGCUGAUGCGCCCGUCUCGUGUCUCUAUGACUUCUUUGACCCCAUUGCUGACCACAUCCAUUCGGUGGAGAUGAAGGAGGGCCGCACACUGCUGCACUGUGCCGCUGGCGUGAGCCGCUCAGCUGCCCUGUGUCUUGCCUACCUCAUGAAGUACCAUGCCAUGUCCCUGCUGGAUGCCCACACGUGGACCAAGUCCUGCCGGCCCAUCAUCCGACCCAACAAUGGCUUUUGGGAGCAGCUCAUCCAGUAUGAGUUCCACUUGUUUGGCAAGAACACCGUGCACAUGGUUCCUUCCCCGAUGGGAGUGAUCCCAGACAUCUAUGAGAAGGAGGUUCGCUUGAUGAUCCCACUGUGAGCCGCCCUCGCAACCCCCUCAUUGGGGUCAGCAGUAUAGAUCUGUUGUUGAUCCUGUUCCAAGAUCUGAACUUGAACAUUCCACUUCUGUUGAUACAAGAACAAACCAGAUGAUGCCUUUAAAGGGCAAGUAGAAAGAAAGGUUGCUGCAGCUCUUGACCUUGUAAUCCAAAUCUUCAAAGACCAAACUCACUAAUUGUAAGUGAAGAUAAGUUUUCUACCCUGUGAGGGGUAACUGAGGGCUACUGGCCAGAGGUCGGAUGAGGCGGGUGAUACCUUGGAUGAAGAGCCCAGUACAGAGAGCAGGCCUGCAAUCCCGCAGCCCACCCCUGGACUGACCAGCCCAGAAAGGAGUCUGCCGCAGUGCUCCGUUGCUCCUUCAGAUUCAGAGCUACAGCCUUAAGCCUCAUAGCACACCUGAGCUUCUCAGGAUUGGUGCCAGUCUCCUGGGUAAAUAGCUUCCAACCAUUCCCUGGAGCCCUGGGGGCCUCAGGUAACUUCACAUUCACCUUCGUCACAUUGGCCCCACUCUAGUUUUCUAGAUAGGACUGAUGUACAACAUAGUAUUCAAAGAAAGUAUUCCACUGUAUAAAUUUUGGGAAAAAAAUUUUUUUUCUGAGCGCUAUUGUAUGGGGCAAGGUCUAAAAGGGCCCAAGGCUGUCUUCCACCAGCCUUUGAGAAAAGAAGGUGUUCAUUUCCUUCUUCAGGGCUCGUGAGGAAAGCAGGCCUGACAUCAGGCCUCGAAGGUCCUCUCACAGGCCUUGGUUUGAAAAGUUAGAACUUUACACCACAACCUAGCUCCGUCCCCUCCUCUCUUUGUGACCUGGUGCCUUUGGGAGCCUCAGUAUCCUCAUCUGUGAAGACAGAACAAUUCCAUAGCACCAGGCCUAGCGCAUGGUGUGUGCUUCCUGUAAAGGGCAGUUUUUGCCCUGAAUUGUGUACUCUUGGCCCUGUUGCUCCCAGCUCAACACAGUUAGCCUCAUGAAGAUAUUUCUCCUGGCUGUGCAUGGCCCUUUACUGUUUACAAAGUACUCUUCCAGAAAGCCACCCCCCGUGAGGAAGAAAUGCUUUCAAUCCUACCUCAGGAGAGGCCUAGACUUAGAAGCCUUUUUAGGGUUCCCACUGUGUCUCAUCCAGAGUGACCUAGGAUUUCUGAAGCAAAGACUUGAGUCCAGCUCUCCCGCAAAGCCCUUGUUUAGAAUCGCUGGCCGUUACAGCCAACAGCCCACUCUGGCUGACUCCCAGGAUCCACAGGGGCGUAUGUGAAAGGGACAAGGGAGUGGAUGCCACCCCUAGGCCCUGGAGCCCAGGGUUGCUUCGGAUGCUUCAGUGCUGUCAUCUGGCUCAAGACCAGCUAUUCUAAUCCAGGGCUUUUGAGAUGACAUGCAAGAGAAGCAAUUACAAGACUUCACUUGACAGUUUGACACUGAGCUGUGUGUCCAAAGCCCAGUGGAGCCAGGGGCCCGCGGUCAGAGGAGAAGAAGGAAAAAAAUCACUGUUCUAGGGCUGGUGUGGCAGAGCCCCCACAAUCCGAUCAUUCUGGUAGAGAUCCAGGUAGAGAAUUUCUUUGAAAGCAUUUUUCAAAAGAACUUUAUUAGAUACAUUUUCUUCAUUGUUGUGCAUUCCAAAUUAACAUAUUGUAUAGUUAACUGCUUUGGGUGUGCAGUUCUGAAGGUUUUGUUUUGUUUUUU